AAUACACCAUGCUUUACGGAAGUGCGUGUUGAUUUGUGGCAUGUGACAUGUGACUAAGUACCUUGAAGCGAAACAGUUUUGAAUUUCUUCAUUUGUUUAUCUCCUACUUGUAAAGUAUCGUUUGAUCGUUUUAAACAUUGACACAUCUGUCAAGAAUUGACAGAUACCGAAGAUUUUUGUAUGCUUGAAACAUGCCAAAAGACAUACGAUCCUAUUUCCAGAGUGUUAAAACCAGUUCUACUUCUACACCCACGAAAGCAGUAAAAAGACGCAUAGUAAUUUCAUCCGAUGAAAAUGACGAAAAGACACCGUCACCCGUUAAGCGACCAAAGAAAACAAAAAAGUUAGGAGACAAACCUAUAUCAUUCAAUUCUGAUGAACAUACAAAGCUACAGAAAAUUGUUUCUCCUUCUAAUAUCUUUGGUAAGAAACCAAUAAGAAGACAGGAAGCGCAGAAAGUACAGAAAGUAUCAAAACAAUUGCAAAAAAAGGAAGCUAAAAGCCAUAAUGAUGAUGAUUUUGAAGCUACUUUGGUCGAAUUGGAUACAUCUGAUAUCGAGCAGAAAUAUUUAGCAGAGAUUAAGUCUGACACAGAUUCAUUUAAUAGUAAACACAAAGAACAAGGUUCACACACAACCAGUACUAAGAAUGAAGAGAAGAAAACGACACCUCCUAAGGACAAAGUUAAUGAUGAAGAAAAAAUAACGCCUGUUAAGAACAAACACAAUGUCAAAGAGAAAAAGACACCUGAAAAAUCGAAUUUAGAACAAAAGGAUGAAACUCACAUACUAAAGAAUAAAAAGUCUUCUAAUGACAGUACAAGUGAAGAUAUAGAGCAUGCAGAUUCUGAAGUUAGUAAUAAAUUUAAGAGUAAGAAAAAACAUUCCACAUCCAAAAUAGAAAUAGAACACAAAGUACUGAAGAGGAAAGUAUCUCCUAAAAAGUCAGAAGCAUCAGAUAUAUAUGAGGAAAGACUUGAGAAAAAAAAGCAAAAUGUUGCAAUGUAUCAACAGUAUCUUCAGAGGGGAGGAGCCAGACAUCCCGGAUCUAAAGAAAUUCCUGAAGGUGCCGAAUAUUGUCUUGCAGGAUUAAGUUUCGUGAUAACUGGUGUUUUGGAUUCUUUGGAAAGGGAGGAAGCUGACGAACUUAUUCAAAAAUAUGGUGGACGAAUUGUAUCUCAAGUCACCAAGAAAACUAAUUAUGUCAUAGUAGGAGAUCAGGCUGGUCCUUCAAAAUUGUCAAAAGCAACUAGUUUUAAUAUAAAACAAAUAUCGGAGGAUGAUUUGUUAGAGAUGAUUCGUACGAGAAAUGCAGGCCAUGCUCAUGAUGUGUUACAAUCGCGAACAAAAUCAAAAGAUAGAACGAAACGAAAAGAUAGGGAGUCAGAAGACACGUCCCCUUCACCAACAAAGAAAAUGAAAACUAUAUUAAAUCAGGAAACAGAAAAAUUGGAAAAAAUAUGUUCACCACAUAAAAAAGAACAUAUUGACAAAAAUACAGAAAAAAGAAUUUCUUCAUCAAAAGAAUUCUCUUAUAAAAAAAGAUCUGAUAAUAAAGAUACGAUAGAAGUAGCAAAAAUAUUGUCAUCACCUAAGAAAGAACAAACUGAAGUACAUGAAUCUUUUAUACAAAAUAAAAAAGAAAUUAAUGAUGCAAAGUGUGUGCAAAUAAAAACAGAUUCUUUACAAGAUAUAAAUGGAAAUAUACAAACACAGGCGUUAGUUGAGAAGUAUAGACCGAAAACUAUGAAACAGAUUUUGGGGCAGCAAGGAGACAAAAGCAAUGCCAAGAAAUUGCAUAAAUGGCUAAUGAAUUGGCAUAAAAAUCAAAGUGGUCAAGUUAAACAUACCAAACCGAGUCCCUGGGCAAAAAGUGACGAUGGUGCUAUUUUUAAAGCUGCUUUAUUAUCUGGUCCACCUGGAAUUGGAAAAACUACAACUGCUCAAGUUGUUUGUAAUGAAUUAGGUUUUGAUCUUGUAGAAUUCAAUGCAUCAGAUACCAGAAGUAAGAAACUUCUGCAACAAGAAGUAGCAGAACUUUUAUCCAAUACUUCAUUGAAAGAUUACUUCAUAGAUAAUAAAAAUAAGCCAACAUCAAAACACGUUUUACUAAUGGACGAAGUUGAUGGUAUGGCUGGUAAUGAAGAUCGUGGUGGUUUACAGGAAUUAAUCGCCUUAAUUAAAUCAACCGACGUACCAAUUAUUUGUAUCUGCAACGAUCGAAAUAAUCCUAAGAUGAGAACGCUCGCUAAUUACGUAUUCGACCUUCGAUUUUCGAAGCCCAGAAUAGAACAGAUUAGGGGAGCAAUGAAAUCCAUAUGUUACAAAGAAAACAUUACUAUGUCGACGGAAGAUCUAGAUCGUUUAAUCGAAUCCACUAAUCAAGAUGUUCGACAAAUAAUAAAUUAUUUAGCAUUGUUUGUUGGGAAAACUGGUCGUCAAGAAAAAUCUCAAAAACAGCAUGUGAACAAAGAUCUGAAAUUAGGACCUUGGGAUGUUAUAAAGAAAGUAUUUUCUGCCGAGGAGCAUAAGCAUAUGAAUAUUCAUGACAAAAGUGAUUUAUUUUUCCACGAUUAUAACAUAGCACCGUUAUUUGUACAGGAAAAUUAUUUAUUAGUUACGCCUCAAGGACAAAGAGAUGAAUUAUUGGCAAAGGUAGCAGAAAGUGCUAAAAGUUUAGCACUUGGAGAUAUAGUGGAAAAAUCAAUAAGAAGUAAUGGUGCUUGGUCUCUUUUGCCAGUGCAAGCCUGUUAUUCUUCCGUUAUACCUGGCACAGUAAUGUCUGGUUAUAUUAGUAGUCAAAUUAAUUUUCCAUCUUGGCUUGGGCGUAACUCGAAAGCUCGCAAAUUUGAUAGAAUGAUACAAGAGAUUACUGUGCACUCACGUUUAGCUACUGGCGUAAGCAAAGAAGCAAUAAACAUGGAUUACAUUAAACCUCUUAGGGAUGCUAUAGUCAGACCUUUGGCUGUAAAUGGUACUGAAGGAAUAGAUGAAGCGAUGAAUGUUAUAAGUCACUAUCACUUACUCAGGGAAGAUCUGGAUUCUUUGAUAGAAACUUCAUUGUGGCCCGGUGAUCGCGAUCCCAUGCAAGUCGUUGAUAGUAAAGUAAAGGCUGCUUUUACAAGGACAUACAACAAAAAUUCUGUAGUUGUACCAUAUACAGUGAGUGGUACAUCAAAGAAGAAAGCAGCAAAUGAAGAGGUUGAAACUUAUUUAGAAGAGAAUGAAGCAGUGGAAGCGAAUUCUGACGAUAACGAUGAUAACGCUGAAACUGACAAAAUGAUUAAGGUGAAGAAGCCUACAGCAAGUAAAAAAACUGAAUCAAAACGUAAUAAUAACGAUAAAACAGAAAUGAAAGGUAAAAAAAGCGAUAAGCCCAGUAAACGCGGAAGAGGACGUGGAAAGACAAAAUAACACAGAUAUUGUAAA